UGUACAGUGCUUGUUUCCGGUUUCAUGUUGUUUAUAGAUGGCUUUAGUUCGGUGUUCGCCUGUGAGAUGGUUUCCGUUUAACCUUCUUUUAGUCAAUUGUGUGAGGUGAAAAAUAUUGCAAAAAUGACGACGACAAUGUCAAAGAAACGUAAAUUUGUAGGAGACGGCGUUUUCAAAGCCGAGCUCAACGAAUUCCUCACCAGAGAAUUAGCAGAAGAUGGUUACUCUGGGGUGGAGGUACGAGUCACCCCCACCAAGACGGAAAUCAUCAUCAUGGCUACCAGGACACAGAACGUCUUGGGAGAGAAAGGAAGGCGCAUCAGGGAAUUGACGUCUGUUGUACAAAAAAGAUUCAACUUUGCUAAUGAUUCAGUAGAACUGUACGCAGAGAAAGUAGCCACAAGAGGUUUAUGCGCCAUUGCACAAGCUGAAUCUUUACGGUACAAGUUAAUUGGAGGGUUAGCAGUCCGAAGGGCUUGCUACGGUGUUCUACGAUUUAUUAUGGAGAGUGGAGCCAAGGGCUGUGAAGUGGUGGUUUCAGGAAAACUACGAGGUCAACGAGCAAAAUCAAUGAAGUUCGUUGAUGGUUUAAUGAUUCACAGUGGUGAACCUUGCAUAGACUAUGUAGACACAGCCACAAGGCACGUGCUCUUGAGGCAAGGAGUACUUGGAAUCAAAGUCAAGAUCAUGUUACCCCAUGAUCCCAACGGCAAGAUCGGCCCCAAGAAACCUCUGCCUGACAAGGUGUCAGUCAAUGAACCCAAGGAGGAAGUGCUGCCAACAGGUCCUUCUAGUGACAUUAAAGCUACAAAACCAGAUGCAGCACCUGUAUCUCUACAAUAACACCAAUAAUAAAUCCUGGUUUUGUUCUUA